UAAUUUUAAUAUUUGGGUGAACUAACCCUUUAACAUACAAAUUGCCAUCUCAAGCUACAGUCUAUUACAUUUUUAAUAUAAGUUUACAGUAACACUUAUGUUUAGGGACCAAUUCUCACUUGCUUAUUUGCAUGCAUAUAACUGGCUGUUUAUUAGUACUUAAAAAGCACAUAUUAAUUCCUUAUUUUACAUGACCAUAUUUUAGAUCCUUUAAUCCUACCCCAUACCUAAACAGAGGCAGUUACUUGUGUUUCAGGAGUUCAGAGUAAACUUCAGACCUUGAAAGGGAGGAUGAUGAUGUCAUUAUAUUUUUUAUGCAAUUAGCCUACAUUAUUUUAAUAAGGGAGAGACAUACUGUGCAAACUCGUGAUAUGGAAAAAAAAAAAACAAUAAGUACUUUGUUACUAGUACUUAACUAAUUACUUUAUUAUUAUAAAAAGUAGGCUAAUAGCCUAUUUACAUAAAUAACGUUUUUUUUCUACAUUUUUGAAUUUGAUAAUGAAAUAUAUGGCAGGAGCAUUUUCUGUAUAUUUUACAACAUAUGUAUUCUAGCUUCACUAACGUACUGAACAAAAUAUUUUACGGCAGAAUAUGUGCUGGGACUCUGAGAGAGUGUAACGUUACGUCAGCUCCCUGGAGAGCGCUGGUGAGUGAGUGAGUGCGUGCGUGCGCAGGAUGCUGUGCAUUUUACCAGUAUGGACAGCUCGAUUCCGCCAACCUAGCAUCUAUUGCGGUAUAUAAAGGGCACCAGUUUCACUAAACGCUGCAAAGGAAAACGCACCAGAUUCACAAUGGAGCGUCUUCUGCAUUCACCUGGCCGGACACGGGAAAAGUACCGGAACCAAACGACGCGUCCUUCAUCACAGCUCACCUCAAGGUCUGCCUUCAGCUUUGGGUCCACCGCACCGCUGAGAGGUAACGAAAUCCUUAACGACUUCGCCGCUAAACCGGCCGAUAGCUUGGAUUUUUCAAACAAAUAUGCAGAUGGAAUGAAUCCGAGGAAAAUUAGUGAGAAAGAAUUACUGCAGGGGCUCAAUGACCGCUUCGCGGGAUUCAUAGAGAAGGUUCAUCACCUGGAAAACCAAAACAGAGCGCUAGAGAAAGAAAUUGAGGCCAUUAGACUGAGAGCAAAAUCCUCUGCCUCUCUGUCCAAAGAGUAUGAAUCAGAACUUAGUAGUCUGAGGCAGCAAGUUCAUGAGAUAGGCCUUCAAAAGCAUCAAAUUGAGAUAGACCGCCAGAACCUGGAGGAUGAGUUUAACACCUUGAGAGAAAAGUACGAGAGAGAGGCUCGUGGUCGAGGUGAUGCAGAGGACAGCAUUUCAGUACUAAAGAAAUGCAUUAAUGACGCAUACCUAACCAAACAAGAAAUGGACAGAAAGGCUAAAGCUCUCGAAGAGGAGAUCGGCUUCUUGAAGAAAAACCAUGAAAGCGAGGUAGCUGAAAUGAUGGCCCAAAUCCAAGAGGGUCAUGUGACCGCAGAAAUGAGUGAUUUUAGUAGAAGUGAUGUCACUGCAGCUCUGAGAGACAUCAGGAUGCAACUUGAAGGUCACACCGACUCUGACAUCCGAUAUGCUGAAGAACGCUUUCGAGCGCAGCUCGUUAAACUGACCAAAGCUGCUGAGGUCAACAGAGAAAUACUCAUGGCCACUAAAGCAGAGAUUAAUGAACACCGGAGACAGCUCCAGUCCAGGAGCACUGAGCUCGACUCUGUGAAAGGUGUGAGGGAAGCACUGGAGAGGCAGCUGUAUGACCUCGAGCAACGGCACAAUGCUGAAAUCCAUCACUACCAGGACACAAUCAGAGAGUUGGAAUUUGAGCUGAAAAAUGCUAAAUAUGACAUGAGCAGUCAUCUGAGGGAGUACCAGGACCUUCUCAAUGUCAAAAUGGCACUGGAUGCUGAAAUUUAUUCCUACAGAAAACUUUUGGAGGGUGAAGAGUCAAGGUACUCUACAAUCUCAGAUGCUCAUAUUUCAGUACCAUACAUUUACAGACAGUCACCCAUCUAUACUCUCCCUUGUGUCAAAAGACAGGGGGGAGCAACUCGAAAAGCAGAGCCUCAGUACAAAUUUGUCGAAGAGAUUAUUACAGAGACCACCAGAGAAGAUGUGGAGAUAUCAGACGCUGACUCUGAUAAAAGUGGGGAGGGGAGAGAGGAUGACAGACCAGAUGAGGAGAGCAGUGAGAAGGACGCACAGGGUGAAACUCCACAAGAGCUGGAAGAUACUGAAGAACCAGCCAGUCCUGAGUUAGAAACAGAGGAAAAUGAAGUCAAACCAAGUGAUGAUAAAGAGGAUGAGCCAGCUGAAAAAACUCCAGAUGAUUCUGAGGUACAAAAAGAUGCUGACUCUGAACCAACUCCGCAAUCUACAGAAGAAGCCACUGAUGAACAAGAUAAAGAUGAGGAAUUAGACACAAAAGGCACUGAGCACAAAGACCUGAAGGAUGACGUGCAGGGAAAAGUAGAAGAACCUGGAGAGGAAAAUAAACAAGCUAAAGAGACAGAGAAAGAUGUCCCCAAACCAGAUCUGUCAGUAAAGCAAGAAAUGCCAGAGGGAUCAAAAACUGGAGAAAAAGACAAACCGCAAGAUCCUGAAGCAACUACUGAAGUAAACACUAAGCCUGCUGGACAGACUGCUGGGGUAACUUCUCCAAAAACUGAAGAUGCUGAAGUCUCAUCUCAAGAAACUACAACUGCAAAGUCAGCAGAGAAAGAGAAAGAAUCAGUUCCAGUGAAACCUGUAGAGGAAGAUACUCCUAAACCAGAUAAACAAGCAACUCCCGAACAUGCUGAGAGUGGAAAACAGACUACUGGAGAGGACGCAAAGGAGGAUACUUCUGCAAAAAAAGAUAAAUCUUAUAGUAUGAAGGAAGAAACUACGAAAUCUGAGCCUAUGGAAAAAGACCAAGAGGAUAACAACAAACUAACAGAGAAACCUGUGGGGAAAAAGCAAGAGGAUGUGUCAGGUAAAGACGAAAAGGAACACAAACCUGAGGAGUCUGUAAAAGAUAGCAAAGCUGAACUGGCAGACAAUGUGAAAACAGGAAAAGAUGAAAAUAUUAAGGCUAAAGAACCAGAAAAGACACAAAAAGAGGUUCCAAAGGAUGCAGAACAACAAUCACAACCUGAAAAGUCAAAGAAACAGGAGGACAGCAAAACCAGUAGCAGUCUAGAAAGUGUGACAAGUGAAAAGGGUGAAACUGGCAAGCUAAAAGAAACUGAAAAGACACAAGAAGACCUUUCCAAAGUUGCAGAAGAAAAAUCACAACCUCAAAAGUCACAACUACCAGAGGACAGCAAAAGUGCAGACAGCAUUAAAACAGAAGAGACUGAACACGCUAAGCCUAAAGAAACAGAAAAGACACAAGAACUUUCCAAAGUAGAAAAAUCACUACCCGAAACAUCACAGAUACAAGAAGACCGCAAAAGUGACAGUGUAGACAGUGUCAAAACAGAAAAGUUUGAACAUGCUAAGACUAAAGAAACAGAAAAGACACAAGAGGACAUUUCAAAAGUUGUGGAAGAAAAAUCACUACCUGAAAAGUCACAGAAAAUGGACGACCAAAAAAGUGACAGUGUAGACAGUGUAAAAACAGAAAAGGUUGAACAUGCUAAGCCUAAAGAAACAGAAAAGACACAAGAAGAACCUGCCAAAGAUGCUGAAGAAAAAUCACAACCUCAAAAGUCACAAAUACCAGAGGACAGCAAAAGUACCACAAAAAGUGACAGUGUAGACAGUGUCAAAACAGAAAAGUUUGAACAUGCUAAGACUAAAGAAACAGAAAAGACACAAGAGGACAUUUCAAAAUUGUGGGAAGAAAAAUCACUACCUGAAAAGUCACAGAAAACUGACGACCAAAAAAGUGACAGUGUAGACAGUGUAAAAACAGAAAAGUUUGAACAUGCUAAGACUAAAGAAACAGAAAAGACACAAGAGGACAUUUCAAAAGUUGUGGAAGAAAAAUCACUACCUGAAAAGUCACAGAAAACUGACGAUCAAAAAAGUGACAGUGUAGACAGUGUAAAAACAGAAAAGGUUGAACAUGCUAAGCCUAAAGAAGCAGAAAAGACACAAGAAGAACCUGCCAAAGUUGCAGACGAAAAAUCACAACAUGAAAAGCCUCAGAUAGAGGAAGCCCGCAAAAGUGACAGUGUAGACAGCAUCAAAACAGAAAAGGAUGAACAUGCUAAGACUAAAGAAGUAGAAAAGACACAAGAAGAACCUUCCAAAGUUGCUGAAGAAAAAUCACAACAUCAAAAGUCACAAAUACCAGAGGACAGCAAAAGCGCAGACAUCAUCAAAACAGAAGAGACUGAACACGCUAGGCCUAAAGAAACAGAAAAGACACAAGAGGACAUUUCAAAAGUUGUGAAAGAAAAAUCACUACCUGAAAAGUCACAGAAAACUGACGACCAAAAAAGUGACAGUGUAGACAGUUUAAAAACAGAAAAGGUUGAACAUGCUAAGCGUAGAGAAGCAAUAAAGACACAAGAAGAACCUUCCAAAGUUGAGGGAGAAAAAUCACCUGAGGAGUCAAAGAAACAGGAGGACAGCAAAAGCGAUAGCAGGGCUGAAAGUGUGACAACAAGCGGAGGGGAAGCUGAAGUCACAGAGAAACAGGUUGAUGAAACACUGAGUAAUCAACCCCCCAAAGCCCAGGAAGCAACAUCUGAUGCAAAGUCUGAGCAAAAGGAUACUAAAGAAACCAAAGAGAUGCCUGGAAAAGCUGAAGAGGCAGAUAGUGUGAUGACCAAAGGCAGUGGAACCAGCAAAGAUGUUAAAAGUCAAGAAACUGUCCAAAAAGACAAAGAAUCAGACAGUGGUGCACAUGAAGUGAAGGGUGCAAAAUCAGAGACGUCAACCAAAACAGAAGCUAAAGCUCUGGAGAAGACAGAGCAAGUCAAAGACAGCAGCAUGGAGGACAACGUGGACUCCAAAGGUCCAGAAGAAACAACUAAACCCUCUAGUGUGAAGUAGAAUAUAAACAGCAGAAAAUAUUGAUUAAAAUGCCUUUAAAAAUAGAGAAUGUUCAAAUAGCAGCCUUGACAGAUAAAUUACAUCUGCGUGACAGACGAUCUCAGCUGAGCAUGACUUUUAGAAACUGCUUUCUGGAAGUGUGAUGUUUCUGAUGCAAGAUGCAUGCUUAGACGGUGUAAAUAAUGAAUGUGAAUUAUGAGGAAUGUAUAAAAUUUUAUUUUGCUACAUCCCUUGCUCUGAUCAGCCAAAUGUAUGUAUUAAAACAGUGCUAUACAUUACAGUAACUGAAUAAAAAUUCCAGCAUAUCAGA